AUGUCGAUCCGAUCUCGUAAGGAGAAUAACAGCGGUCGCCAUCGCUUCACCAUGUCUACUUUUCGAGGCAUGCAACAGCCCGAGCUGAGCAAGAAGCUGAGCCGGCUGAUAAAGAGCGAGAACUCGGCGAUCAGCGCCCACGAGUCGGCCGGACGAGAGCGUGCGGCUAUCGCCACCGCACUCUCGGAUUGGGGCGAGUCAACUGGCGACGAAGCCAUCUCGGACAUUUCGGACAAGCUGGGCGUGAUGCUGGCGGAGAUUGGAGAGCAAGAGGAUAUCUUCGCGCAGAACCUGGAGGACUCUCGCGGCGUACUGAAGCAGAUCCGCAACAUGGAGGCAUCGGUGCAGCCGUCGCGCGAUCAGCGUCAGAAAAUCACUGACGAGAUUGCGAAACUGAAGUACAAAGAUCCCACCAACACACGCCUCGUCACCCUGGAGCACGAGCUUGUACGCGCCGAGGCGCAGAACUUGGUCGCCGAAGCACAGCUGUCUAACACUACUCGCACCAAGCUCAAGGAAGCCUAUGAUAUUCACACUGCCGCCGUCAUUGAGCGCGCGGAGAAGCAGAUUCUGCUCGCUCGCCAUGCUCGCCGCCUGCUCACUCUGAUUGACGACAGUCCCGUGGUCCCCGGUGACACCCGUCCCGCGUAUGACAGCGAAGAGGCUGCCCGCCAGGUUCUCGAGGAUGCAGAGAAUGAUUUGCGCUCGUGGGAGCCAAGCGUGGAGCCGAUCGGUAGUUUCGCUGAGGAUGCCGCCCGCACGGGCAACGACAGUUUGUCAAACGAAACCGAGCAAGACGUCGAGAGUGUUGCCACUGGACGUAGCGGUGUCAAGGUUGGCAAUGCUGUCCCCUCGUCGUCAAAGCAGCUCGAGGAACCCGCCGAGUAG